AUGAGGAAGAAGGCUUACCCCCCACUGAUCGCGCCGCACCACAGCCAGUGUUCUGAUUCUCCGCCUUUUGAGUCUCUACACAAGACGACCUCCGACCACCCAUUGGUCACUGUGCGACCUCAUCAGUCCGCGCUGCUUUCACCCACUGGUCAUCGCUCCUCUGACCGCCACCAAGGCAUCGUCCACCGUCAAGAUCUUCAAAAUUGGGAUGGGAAUACAAGAAAAUGGUAUCUGCAAAUUGAUGAAAAGAAGAAGAAGAAGAAGAAGAAGAAGAAGAAGAAGAAGAAGAAGAAGAAGAAGAUAUAA